AAAUGCGCAUGGUAUAAAAAGGCAAUCGUGAUUCAUAUCCAACCAUCAUUCACUUGCACUCUUCCUUGCAAAGAAAAACAAAUCUCCCCACUCAAGAAAAUGAACAAGUUCAUCAUUGCUGCUGCUAUGUUGAUGAUGGUUGCUGUUGCUGCAGCUGCACCGCAAUCCUACCCAUCAGAGGCUAGCUCCAAACCCUCUUACGAUGAAGCUCCCAAACCGUACAGUUUCGACUGGAGCGUGAAAGAUGAGGAGAGCAAGAACGACUACGGCCACAAGGAGAGCAGCGACGGCAAAGUCGUGACCGGUUCUUACCGUGUCGCCCUCCCCGAUGGCCGCACUCAGAUCGUGACUUAUAAAGCCGAUGAGAACGGAUAUGUCGCCGAAGUGAAAUACGAAGGAGAGGCCCAAUACCCAACACCCGAAUACAAACCGGCCUCCAAAUACUGAACUCUGUAACAACAAACGUCUUGUUCCCAAUUGGCAAUUUUCUCUUUGUGUAUUUAUUUAUUGAGAUAAAUAGAAGAGUAUGGAAAUAGAA